CAGAUAAAAGAGCUCUUCGUAAGUUUUGAAGACACUCCCUUGGGAGCAGCAUCGCUAGCCCAGGUGCACAAGGCAGUGCUGCAGGAUGGAAGAACAGUGGCAGUGAAAAUCCAGCACCCAAAGGUCCAAGCUCAGAGUUCCAAGGAUAUUUUGCUCAUGGAGGUUCUCCUCUUGGUUGUGAAGCAGAUCUUUCCAGAUUUUGAGUUCAUGUGGCUGGUGGAAGAAGCUAAGAAGAAUCUGCCCUUGGAGCUGGAUUUCCUCAAUGAAGGCAGAAAUGCUGAGAAGGUUGCUCAUAUGCUCAAGAGCUUUGACUUCCUGAAAGUCCCCAGGAUCUACUGGGAGCUCUCAACAAGGCGCGUCCUUCUCAUGGAGUUCAUGGAAGGGGGACAGGUGAACGACAGGGCCUACAUGGAGAGGAAUGGCAUCAAUGUCAAUGAGAUCUCUCGCAAUCUGGGGAAGCUCUACAGUGAGAUGAUCUUUGUGAAUGGCUUUGUGCACUGCGACCCGCACCCAGGCAACGUGCUAGUGAAGAAAUGCCCAGCCUCUGGCAAGGCCCACAUUAUCCUCCUGGACCAUGGGCUCUACCAGGUGCUGAGCGAGUCAUUCCGCAUGGACUACUGCCGCCUUUGGCAGGCCCUCAUCAAGGCCGAUAUGAAGAGGGUGCAGAAGUACAGCCGGCGGCUCGGGGCAGGGGAUUUGUACCCUCUCUUCGCCUGCAUGCUCACUGCCAGGUCCUGGGAGUCUGUCAACAAAGGCAUUGACCGGUCACCAGUCUCAGCCAGUGAGGAUGUGGAGAUCCGGUCCAACGCUGCUGCUUACCUACCCCAGAUCACCCAGCUCCUCAACAACGUCCCCCGCCAGAUGCUGCUGCUGCUGAAGACCAAUGACUUGUUAAGGGGGAUUGAGUCAGCCCUGCACACACGGGCCAGUGCCAGCUCCUUCCUCAACAUGUCUCGCUGCUGCAUCAGAGCUGUUUCCACGUACCAGAGGAGCAAGAGUCACUCGCUUUAUAGAAGGGCCCAGAUCUCCCUCACAGAAGCCCUGAGCCUGUGGCAAAUCAACUUGUAUGAACUCUUCCUGUGGCUAAAGGGGUCCCAGCUGGGGAACUGGGUCAUUGCUCUCCUGAGCCGGAUGCACCAUUCCAUGUACUGACAUGAACUGGUGGGAGAGGCCUGGGUGCUCCCUCCCUCCUUUCUGCUCUCCACAGCACAUUUACCUUUCUGACUGUUUCUGUCUAUUCUGUGGGCUAUUUUUGGGUCUUGUUCCACAUUACAAGCUGCACUGUCCUUGCCUGUUACAGCAUUAGCUUUCUCUGUGGUGCUGAGAGGUGGAGUUGGUACCGGAGCUCUGCCGUUUCAUGGUUUAGGAAAAGGAGAUGCAGGAUACCCAUGUGUCAGGAAGGGCAGGGUACUUUCUUUCCCUGUCUGAGCAGGGGAAAUUCCACUCAGAUUCCAGUGGGACUGCACUGAAAGCAAAAGCCUCUCCUUGACUUUUUUUCAAACAGUCUUAAAGAAUUUAAGAGAAUACCAACCCUGCCUAGAAUGCCCCAAAACAUUUCUCAGGCCGUCAGAGAGAGGUGGUAAGUCCUUUUAAAAUCCAAUAGGGUUUAUAUUAGAUUUUACAGUCUCCUUAUUCUUAUUUCUGUUCAGAUGUGCAGAGAGUUUCUCAGAGGAGUGAGACCUUGUGGAGAGCUGGCACUAGGGCUUCCUCUCCCAGCACCAGGGAAAGGGGACCCUAACAGUGAGAGUGGUAGACUGGGAGUCCGGCUUUGAAGUUUGUAUCCAGGCCUGUUAGCAAGUGCCUCUGGUUUUUUUUUUAUUUUUUCCUGACCUGUUUCCUUGCAGGUGAACUGGGGGAAGGGGACAGUGGUCCUGCCUCUUUUCUGAAAUUCAGGGAAGUCAGGAGGAAUGACAACUCAGGGCUCUGAAACUACUGGUAAUGUAUGUGUACUGUACAGUACUGCCACUCAGCAAAAUAAAUGUGUUGUAUCAAAGAC